CUUCCUGUUUUGAGUUGAAUGAAAGUUCCCGUGUGUGUUGUGCCCGAGAAUCUACAAAAUCAUGCACACAACGUCCACGCUUGAACUUUAUCCUGAUUUCUGUGUAACACAGCUACUUUUUAAGGAUGUCAAGAACGCUGCAGAGUUGAGGAAGAGUGCCAUGGAAGGACUCGUACAGGGUGCCUUGAUAAACCCUACAAUGAUUGUCGAUCCUUUUCAGAUUUUAGUGGCAUCCAACAAAGCAGUACAUUUGCAAAAGAUUGGGAAGAUGAAAACGAGGAGCUUGUUCUCUGAAAUAAUAUUCAACCUUUCCCCGACCAAUAAUAUUUCAGAAGCAUUUAAAAGGUUUGGGAUCUCGGAUGGGGACAGUGCUGUGUAUGUUGUGCUGGUCUAUCCUGAAGAGGAUCCUGUUGAUGUCAGUGGUAUUGUCAACAAAAUCAAUGGCCAGCAGAUCCCAGUCGACACAAUUUCCUCACUAUCAGAUGUUCAAAAAAUACAGAAGUUUUACAAAGUAUCUCAACAGGAAGACAAAGUCGGGAGUCUUCUGGAUGCAGUAAUCUGCAGAAUGGCAAUUAAAGAUGUGAUGUAGAGCUACCAUGAGUUGACAGAUCUUUUUUUAAAGGUAGAGUAGUAAUUUCAGUCAUUUUCAAAACAUGCUGCCUAUUCAGAAAUGUGAUCCUUUCAUGAAUAUUUCCUUAUUAAUAAACUAAUAUACAGUGAUUUGGAAAGGUAUUUGCCCCCUUGCUGAUUUUGUACUUGACUUUGCACACUGAGAAUAUCCACCUUUUCAUGUAGAGUGCAGUCACGGUAGAUAAUGUUUGUGAAUGGGCAUUGUAAAUUAUGGGAAUAAACUGCUAAAAAUAUUACAUACUCUACAUGUAACCACAACACAUGCCAAUUUACUUCUGUCACCACCUCGGUCAAAACAACAAUCCUUCCUUAAAUUGAUUAAGAGUAUUAUUUUUAUACAUGUUUGUUUUUUUGAUGAGUUGGUACCACAGAGGCUUUGUGGAAUGCAUUUAUCUUAAGAUUUAAGAUUUGUUAAAAACAAACAUGAUCUGGGGUGAAUCUCUUUUUUUAUGUUAGAAGGAACACUCUUGUAAGUCUUAAUAUGAAGCAUUCUGUUUUAUUUUUGUUUGUGAUAUUUUAAACAUUAAACCAUUUAAAAGUUUCAAAGACUUGA